CACAGCUUACGCAGUCAGCAAUCACUCAACAUAAUGAGGAAUUGAAGUACUCACAAUAUUCUCUUAAAAUUGAAAGAAAGAAAUUUAGAAAAAGUUACGAACGAUGUUCAUUGUCUGCUGGAAGUACAUUGUCCUGUUUGGUCUAGUUGUAGUGAACGGUGAAUCUUUGAAUGAUAGUGAAAAUGAAGCGACCGAUCGCAUUUCCAUCGCAAAGUGUACCGAGUACCAGAAAAUAUGUCCACUUGAAACGUCACCAUUCAAUAUAGACGCUGAAGUAGCUGCAGCUAAAGAAUUCCCUCACAUGGCAUUGAUUGGUUACCAAGGUGAAAAUAAAACGAAGUGGCUUUGUUCAGGCAGCUUAAUUAGUGAGAACUUUGUUCUAACGGCAGGUCAUUGUGCUUCUUCCCGACAUCAUGUCCCCACCCACGUUCGCUUAGGAGAUUUAGAUUUCGAUACUGAAGCCGACGAUGUUGACGUUCGUCAAUUUAAUGUAACUGAGACUUUUCUUUAUCCGGACUUCGCAAGCAGUAGUAAUUACGACGACAUUGCAUUACUGAAAAUCGAUCGAACAGUUGAUUUCAGUCAAUACAUCCAACCAGCUUGUUUACCACACCUCAGCACUGAGAUUUCAAAUAAAGUUGUUGCAGCUGGUUGGGGUCGCACAUUAUCCGCGUCCACGAUGCCGAUGCACAAACCUCCAUCUAUUUUACAGAAAGUUCCAUUGAACCUUGUGCCUUUCGAUGUAUGUAAGGAAAGUUACCCACCUUCUCUCAGAUUUCGAGAAGGACUUAUAAACCAAACUCAGCUAUGUGCUGGGUCUAAUCCAGGUGAACGAGAUACUUGCGCGGGAUUUGGCGGUGGACCACUAAUGAACACUGGACGUAAAUUUUCCUGUUUAUAUGAAAUAGUUGGCAUAACAUCGCUCGGCAGAGGAUGUGGUGAGGGUGAUCCAGGUGUUUACACUCGUCUGACAUCGUAUAUCGAUUGGAUUGAAGGAAUUGUGUGGCCAGAAGAAAAAAAGCUGGUUUGAGAAUUACGACGAUGUCGGAUGGCAUUACUCAACGCACUUCAAGCAAAAGUGGCACUCUAUAUAGGGUACUGAAACUUGACAGUGCUUCAUACAAAAUUUU